AUGGCCCACGCCGCCGUAGCAGCCGACGACUCCACUGCCGUCGACACCGACGACGACAACAGCUUCCGGCUGCUGUCUGUCUCCUGGAACCAGGACAGCAGCUGCUUCGCGGCGGCGACUACCGCCGACUUCCGCGUCUUCAGCUGCGCCCCGUUCCACGAGAAGCUGCGCCGCGUCCACCCCGAAGGUGGCGGGUACGCCGUCGUCGAGAUGCUGUUCCGCAGCAACAUCUUCGCUCUGGUCGCCGCCGGCGAGGCCGGGCGGCACAGGGUCGAGCUCUGGGACGACAGCCAGGGCCAGAGCGUCUACGACAUCCCCGGCAUCCGCUCCGCCGUCCGCGCCGUCCGGGUGUCGAGGGCCUACCUCGCCGUUGUCCUCGACCGGACGGUCAGGGUCUACCGCCUGACCGACCCGGCGCGGCCGCGCUGGAAGAUCCCGACGGCGCUCAACCCGCGGGGGCUCUGCUGCCUGUCCUCCCACGCCGGCGCGCCGCCGGUGCUGGCCUGCCCCGGGACGGCGCGCGGGCAGGUCCGCGUAGAGCACCUGGGGACGAAGGAGCAGGCGGCGACGAGCGUCGCCGCGCACAGCUCGGACAUCGCGUGCAUGGCGAUGACCCCGGACGGGGCUGUCCUGGCCACGGCCAGCGUGAAGGGCACCCUCGUCAGGGUGUUCAGCACCAUGGACGGGACUUGUUUGCAGGAGGUGCGCAGAGGGCGUGACCAAGCUGACAUAUAUAGCAUUGCGCUGUCGCCGAAUGUGCAGUGGUUGGCGGUGUGCAGCGACAAAGGAACCCUGCAUGUUUUCAGCCUGAGGGUUAGAGAUGUGAAGAAAGAUGCAGGCGGCAAGCAAUCUGCAGAGGCAAGUUCAGUCGUGCAAACAAACACUGCAUCCAAUGCAAGAUCAUCCUUGUCCUUCAUGAAAGGGAUUCUGCCGGAUUACUUCAGCUCAGAAUGGUCAUUCGCCCAGUUCCGUCUACCAGAAACCACACGCUACGUUGCAGCAUUUGGAGAACAAAACACCGUCAUGAUUAUCGGGAUGGAUGGAAGUUUCUACAGAUGCAGCUUUGACCCCGUAAAUGGCAAGGAGAUGGUGCGGAAGGAGUAUUUCCGGUUUCUCAAAGAUAAGGACUCUCCUCCAAUUAGGACUUAA